AAGAAACAUAUGUUUAAUUUACCCUAAGAUUUUUUGUUAAAAUAAAGCUAAUAAUAAAAUUUUUGUGGUCCCCUUUUAUUUAAAAAAGUAUCGAAAUACAUUUUGGUACUGGUACCGGUACCAAAAUAUUGGUAUCGGGACAACCCUAGACUAGGUGGAUAUGUACAGUCAAUUUUAGAAAUGUCAUUUUAUUUUAAAAGUGGAACCUAUACAGUAUUUUUUUGGAAUAUCCUUUUAUUCCAUAUGUUGUAUGCAUGCAUUCAAAUGUAAGAUUAUGAUAAAGCACUUUAGUAUUUCCCUAACCAGCUUGUGAGAACAUGAUGGAUCACUCAACAAUCCCUAACCAGGACAGACCAUCAAGUACAGAGGGUUCUCAGCGUGUGAGAGUCACUAAGUAUCCAUACAUGUUGAAAGUCAUCGUACAUCGUGAGGCGUGCGACCCUGUGCAGUAUGAACAGCUGACAUUGCAGAUACCAAGGUCAUCGACUAUAUAAAAAGGGUCCCCCCGUGCGGGAGUCGUGUGACCAAACCUCAGCCCGGCAUGAUGAACGCCUUCCACGCUCUGCUCCUUUUGGCUUUAAUCCUCUCUGUGGGUAAGUGGCUCUACAAACGCUAUGAAGUAAUCCAUUACAAGUAUGUCAGUUCAUAUUGUGCCUUUCAGCCCAACCCCUGCCUUACAAGGCUCUUAACCAGUUCCGUAGAAUGAUCCUGUGCGUGAUGCCUGAUAGCUGGCCCGUCUUCGACUACGCCGACUACGGCUGCUUCUGCGGGAAGGGCGGCUCGGGCACACCUGUGGAUGACCUGGAUAGGUGCUGUUACGUUCACGACCAGUGUUACAGCGAAUCCAUGCAGCAUCCUGAAUGCUGGCCCAUUUUCGACAACCCGUACACGGAGUUCUACGACUACAGCUGUGACGAGGACAACAAGAAGGUCACCUGUGGCGACAAAAACAACGAAUGCGAGAUGUUCAUCUGCGAGUGUGACAGGAAGGCGGCGGAGUGUUUUGCCCGGUCGCCAUGGAACCCCGAACACGAGCACUUGCCGGGUCACCUGUGCAAGUAAACCUUAGAAAUCUUGACUUGAAUUGGAAAUAAUCCAUUAUGUCCCUUUUUAUGUUGUAUUCUUUCCUCACAACCUUUUGCCUCGCAUCCAAUGGGUUUAUUAAAACUCACGUCAUACAUGCCUCUGAAGAA